CCCGAAGCAAACUUCCGGGACCCGCGGUCAGUUGUCGAAGGACCUGACGGCAAUAUCAUCAAGAUCAUGAUUCGUUUCGAAUUCCUCAACCUAACUGGACAUAGCGGGAAACGUGUCGACUCCGCGAUAUAAGACUCCUUCAACGGGACUCACACCUUCAGUCCCGAAUUGGUACCCGCCAUGUCUCCGGAUGCCCCCUUUCCUAUAGCCCUCUGUGGCAUUGCAGCAGAACUACCAAGCGGUAGCUGGAGCUCCACCAAUCUAGACCACAAGUCGUUCUUCGAGUUCCUCUUGUCCGGUGGGGAAGCCUACGAGAAAGUCCCCAUCGAACGUUUCAACAUUCACACCAUCAAGGGAUCCGGCACCGGCCAAGUCGUCACAGACACCGGCGCCUUUCUCAAGGACAUCGGUCUCUUCGACCAUGUUGAGUUCGGUAUCACGAGCAAGGAUGCACGCUUGAUGCCUCUAGGCACGCGCAAGCUGAUCGAGACGACUUUCCUCGCGCUCUUGGACUCCGGCGUCGAUUACAGAGGCCGUAAUGUCGGUUGUUACAUGUCGGGAGUCGACCAAGAUUUGUUUUCGGUGUCGGGUCAUGAUGAUGCUGAAGUCCGAGGAUCGUUCGCCUGGGGUCCUGCCAUGGUAGCGAACCGCGUCUCGUACCAUCUCGACCUUCGCGGGCCGUCCCUUGCACUCGAUACCGCGUGCAGUUCGACUUUGUACACGACGCACCUUGCGGUGCAGGCCUUGCGUAACGGCGAGUGCGACGCAGCCGUCGUCGGAGGUGCCCAGAUCAAUCAUAGGUUCUCCGAGUGGGUGCUCUACUCUCAAGGUGGUGUUCUGUCGCCCGACGGCAAGUGCAAGCCCUUUGAUGCGUCCGCGAACGGCUUCGGCCGUGGAGAGGGUGUAGUCUCAAUCGUGCUGAAACCCCUCGACGCUGCGCUGCGUGACAACGACAAGAUCUAUGCCACGAUUCUCGGCACAGGAGUCAAUUCAUCGGGUUCCCUUGCGCCUGUGAACGCGCCAGUGGCGGCCGCUCAACAAGAUGCUAUGGUCCGUGCCUUCCAAAUGGCGAAUCGUUUGCCUAAGGAAGUCGACUUCAUUGAACUGCACGCGACGGGCACUGCCAUGGGCGACCCGACUGAGGCGAACUGGGUAGGCGCCCAAUUCAAACGCGAUGACGAGCUCGUGAUCGGAUCCGUCAAGGGCAACGUUGGACACCUUGAGAUCACGGCAUUCCUCGCUUCGCUGAGCAAAGUGUGCUCUGUUCUCGAGACGCGCCAAAUCCCGCCCACUGUCAACUUCAAGAAUCCUAACCAGAAGAUCCGCUGGCAAGAGUAUGGAUUCCGCGCCCCUGUCGAGACGGAGCCUCUCAAAGCCAGGGCGCCGUCUGGGAGGCCCCUGAUUGCCAUGACGAGCUCGGGAAUUGGCGGUGCGAAUGGUCAUGUUGUCGUAGAAGGUGCUCCGGCACGUGCAGAGAUCGCCUCGUCCUUCUGGUGCGGUCAGGCACCUGCGCUCUUUGUCGCUGCGGGCCUUUCCCCUCGUUCUGCUGCCGCUCUGGGGGACUAUCUGAAGGAGCUCGCCGACGAUGCAAACCACCAAGCUAUCUCGCGUGCAUUGGGACGUCGCGCUCGUUCCAUGACUUGGCGUUCGUUUGCUGUCGCUACCAAUGGACAGGUCUCGCGGUUCAGCGAGCCGCUCCUUGUUCCGAAGUCCACUGCUUCGAUUGUGUUCGUGUUCUCUGGGCAAGGCCCUCAGCACUGGAACAUGGGCCGCGACUUGUACGAGACCUCCGCGAUCUUCCGCAACACCGUGAACGAGCUUGACCAGGUGUAUGUUUCGGCAACUGGUCAGAGCCUCAUCAACGACGUCGGCCUCUUCGCAAAGACCUCUAUCAGCAGCGAUACGCUCGGCGCCAUCUGGCCCAUCGCUAUCACCCUUCCAUCGCUGACAGUCCUCCAGUUGGCCUUGAUCGACACAUUCGCUGCUCUCGGUAUCCGGCCUGACGCUACUCUCGGUCACUCCGCCGGCGAGGUUGCUCUUCUGUACGCCAGCGGUGCGGGCCCCAAGGCUCUCGCUCUCGAGCUCGCCAUUGCACGCGGCAAGGCGAUGUCUCUCUUGGAGCAAGAGGACGGCACGAUGGCCGCCCUUGCUUGCUCCCCGGAUCAGGCGGAGCCUAUCAUCGCAGAAGUUCUCGCAGAGCUUGGUCCCGGCGUACUCGAGAUUGGAUGCUUCAACUCGCCCGACGCAGUCACGCUGUCCGGCGCUACCGGUCAUAUCGACAAGGCUGUCGAGAAAGCCAAGAAGGCCGGGUUCUUCGCCACGAGACUUCGGACGCGCAUCCCGGUCCACUCGGGCAUGAUGGACCUCUGUGCGGAAGACUACAAGCGCCGUGUGGGGGAGAUCUUCCCGAAGUACGAAGUGACGAAGCCGACCGUCGAGACCUAUUCCACACUCAACGGCGAGCAUUGGGUCGAUGCGUUCAGUGCGGACUACUUCUGGGAUAACACGCGCGGGCCAGUCCAGUUCACGGGCGCAAUGCAGUCGCUGCUCAAGAAGCACGCGAACGCAACCUUCAUCGAGCUCGGGCCACACCCAGUUCUUGUCAGCUACAUCUCCGCGAUGGCGGGCCCGAGUGCACUUGUUACAUGCCCUGUGCGCCGACCGAAGUCUUCGGAGACGCCGGCGGGUGUCGAGGUGCAGACCUUCAUGGAGUCGCUGGGGAAGCUCGUGGUUGCAGGGCACAGCAUCGACUUCGACGCCCUGUGCGGCACCGUUAACCUUCCUGACAGGGCCAUCCCUACAUUCCCAUUCGCUCGCAAAGAAGUACCGUAUUACGCCUCGACAUUUGAGGUGGCGCGACAGCAUCAGAGGAGGAACGGUCCUUUGAACUACCCUCAACUGCGCGUGAACACGAAGACGCAUCCCGAGCUCGCGGAACACGUCAUCAAGGACGAGCCCAUCAUGCCGGCUGCGGGCUACCUGGAGAUGGCGCUCGAGUUCGGUGCGAAGAAGCUAUGGGACGUGGAGUUCAUGUCGAUCCUCUCGCUGUCGUCUGAGAAGCCUACGCCAGUGGACGUUCGACUCGACGGAACUCGCUGGAGCGUGCACAGUGCAACAGCGACCGAGUUCACGAAGACUUGGCCCCCGAAUUACAAUCGUAUCCAUGCAAAGGGUUCUCUCGCGAAGAUCGACGAUGACUGCGAGUCGCUGCCGGCUGUGAAUGUCGCGGAGAUCCGCGAGCGCAUGAAGCCGAUUGAGAUGAAGGCCUUCUACGACGGCUUCUCGUUUGCGCAAUAUGGUCCCACGUAUCAACGGAUCAUCUCGAGCGGUCGCGGCUAUGACGAGCAAGGCCGAGAGGAAAUCCUCGUUGAGGUUCGCGGUGCUGGCAGUGAUCUCGAAAAUAUCUCUAACUACGUCUUGCAUCCCGCCAUUCUGGAUUCGGCGCUCCAUAUAUUGGUUCAUCCUGCUAUCACAGGGAACAGGGACAAGGGCCGAUACUACCUCCCCGCCAAGAUCGGCACGUUGACGAUCCAUGAUCUCCUGCUGCAGCAGCCUUUCCCUGAGAAGAUCUUCACGCAUGCUACGUUCGUGAAGUGGACGCCUGAAUCGCUGGUGUACGACUUCACGGUCGUCACGGAGACUGGUGAGCGUCUCUGCACGAUCACCGACCUCGAGGUUGCGUUGCACAGGAAGACGGCGAAGGUCAUUGACGCUCGUUACGAGCUCGUGCUUCAGCCUACGGAUACCCGAGUCCAGCGUGUCAACGUCGCUGGGGCUCAUCCACGUGGGCGAACGAGUCCCGACAGCGACGUAUCGUCGGAUUCAGGCUACGCAACGGUCGAUGGAGAGAAAGUCUCUACCAUUCCCAACGUGCGUAUCGUUGAGUACGUCAGGGGCCGGGAGCUCGAGCUGCAGCGCUUCUUCGCUGAGGUGGAUCCUCUCUCCCCUCUCUCCCUUUGGUUCGUUGCCACCAAGGGCCUGGAUGGAGACGCUUCUCUCGGGUUCAGUCGUUCAAUCCGGAGGGAAUACCGCUCCUGGCAUGUUCAUGAUGUCGUCUUCGAUGCGUCGUGGUCUCCGGAAGAGAGGAAGACUGCUAUCCACCAGCUCGCAGCCGACCCAAAUUGUGAAGACGAGCUCGAUGUGGACGCAGAUGGCGUCGUGUCUGCCCCACGAAUCGUCGAAUCUGCGCCGCCCGCAGACAAGACCACAUUCCGGGCUGAGGAACCCUGGGCGUACGCGAGCGGUGACCUCAAGCAGAUCUCCGCCCCUCACGUCCCCGAGGACCAUGUUCUCGUCAACGUUACUGGUGUCGCACAGAAGUAUGGUGAUGCGUGGGCUUUCGUCGGAAAGGUAGAGAGCAAGGAGUCUCCCGUCGUUGGACUGACCUUUGGUGAGCUUUCGAACGUCGUCGUCGCGCACGUCGGCAGCCUCGUGGACUUUACCCCUCUGGACGACAUGGUUCCCCAGCUCUUCGCCAAUGCAGUGGCCGGCGCAGCCAUCGGUUUCGCGGCUUUCUCCGAACCGUCCCGUCUCGGCAAGUCGAAGAUCGUCGUCACGCAUGCCGAUGGUGCGUUGGGUAGCGAAGUCGAGGCCGUGUACAGUCGCCUGGGUUUGCACGUCUUGACGUUGCCAGCUACUGCUACCCUCUCAGACAUACGGGCCGUUCUGUCUCAGAACCCGAAGUACGUUGUUUCUGGUUCAGACGGGACGCACAAGAAUCUCCUCCUCGACGACCUCCUUCGCCAUCCCCGACUCAAGGCCUUUGCUUGGGAUGACUCGUACCACGGGCUCAAGACCCUCCUGGCUGAUGACCCAUGGUCAGUCAGCGACGUCUUGCGCUCGGCGUUGGACAAGCAGCCCGACUUCUCGGAGCUUGUUCGCCCGCCACUUGAGCUAGUCGAGGCACUUCCGGAGGAAGUCCCGAUUGCCACUGACCUCUUCAACGACAAGAAGGCGUACCUACUCAUCGGUGGAAUCGGUAGCCUUGGGCUGCAGAUUGCGCUCUGGAUGUACGAGCAAGGAGCACGGUGCAUUGUUCUGACGUCACGUUCUGGGCGUGAGUCUCUCACUCGGAAGGCCGAGUUUAUAUCCUUGCGGCUCCUGUCGUACCUCGAGUCGCUCCCGGACCUCAAUUUGCUAGUUGAAGCCGUCGAUGCGACAUCUCCGGUCGCCAUGCGUGGUCUUCUCUCUAGCCUCGAUCUGCCCCUGGGUGGUUGCAUGAUCCUGAGUGCUGCUAUGGUUGACAGGACCUUUGCGAUGCAGACGCACGAGUCGUUCGAGGCGUCCGUCGAAGCCAAGAUCGGAGUUUUCCACGUGCUGGAAGACGUUCUCAACGGAAAGGAAGGCAUGGAGAAGCUGGAGUUCGUUGUUGCAACAUCGAGCGUAUGUGGCUUGUUUGGGAACGCUGGUCAAACGAACUAUGCAUGCGCGAAUACGGGGUUGACCGGCUUGACGAGCAAAUACUCCAAUGCGUGCACUGUUGUUGCGCCAUUCAUCGUUGACACCGGUCUGCACGUCUCCAUUUCCACGAGCGACAUCGUGUAUUGGACUCGCUUCAAGCAUCUCCACAGUUGGGGCAUGACUGGAUGGGAACUGUGCGAAUACAUCGGCGAUUCUAUCCAGAAGGUACGCUCUGGAGUCGCGAACCGGGCCUGGCAAUACAUCCCUGCGUUCGAUUGGUCUGCCGUGCAGAAGAAUCUUGGGCACUCCCCUCUCUACGACCACCUCGUCCCCGUGUCUGAGGCUGAGGGCACCCAGGAUAGCGGUACAGAUGCAUCAAUCGCCUCCAUUAUCUGUCGUGUCCUCGAUAUCGCGCCGGGUGACUUGAACGCAGACGUACCAUUGACGUCGUACGGACUCGACUCUCUGAGCGCCGCGGCUCUGUCACACGCGCUCCGAGAGGCUGUCGCGGUGUCUCAGAUUCAGCUGCUUGCCGACCUGAGUCUGGCGGACCUAGAGAAGCGGCGAGAAGACGCCCUGGCUAAUGGUCCUGGCGAGGAGGCUAUAAGCGGGCAGGAGCAAAUGGGUCCCAAGGAGAAGGAGAUGGUGUCGAUGUUGGAGCGCUACGGCAAGGACCUACCUGCACGAGAAGCAAGUCCUGAGGAGACGGAUGCGAAGAAGGUGGUUCUUGUCACCGGAUCGACUGGCAGCGUUGGAGCGCAUCUACUCGUGCGACUUCUGCAUGGCUCUCAAUGCGCCAAGGUCUAUACUCUCGUGCGGAAGGGAGCCUACGGUCAAACGGCGAAGGCUAGGCAGAAGACUGCGCUCGAUUCCAGAGGUCUUGACGUCGGUGUCAUCGAGUCGGACACGUUGACUGUUCUGGAAGGCGAUCUUCUCGCUUACCAGCUGGGGCUGGGAGCAGAGGUAUAUUCGGAGCUUGCACAGACCGUCACGCAUGUGAUUCACCUAGCCUGGCCGAUUGACUUUGGUACUCCUCUCUCGAACUUCGAGUCGGCCAUUGCUGGGCUGCGAAGGCUUCUCGACUUCUCUACCGCCUCGCGCGUACAAUCUCGUAUGCGGCUGCUCUUCGCCAGUACGGCGGGUAUCUUCCGAAGGCACAUGUCGAAGGACCCGAUAGCUGAGGAGCUCCUCGACAACCCGUCGGUCGCUGUUGGUUCCGGUUACAGCGAGUCGAAGUGGGUCGCGGAACAGCUCCUGAAGAGGGCAGCUGAGCGCAACAUCUGCAACCCGUCGAUUGUACGCCUUGGUCAGCUCAGUGGCGGUGCAAACGGGGCGUGGCGCACUACCGAGUGGAUCCCGUCGCUGAUCUCUACGAGUCUCGCGCUUGGCUGCCUCCCCGACGGCUCGGGCGAUGCGACCUGGAUACCCGUCGACACCUCCGCAGCUGCGAUGCUCGACUUCCUAGAUACCCCCGCCCGUGUCCUUCACGUCCAGCACCCUCGUCCCGUCUCGUGGUCUUCCACUAUGCAACUCUUCUCCGCCGCUCUCAACCUCCCCAUCGCACCAUACACUGAGUGGUACUCCCGUCUAGAGUCGGGCCUCUCAUUCACGUCCGAUCCGUCUUCCACUCAAUAUCUCGAACGCGGCCUGCGGUUGCUCGAGUUCUUCCGCUUGCCCCUUCUUACGGAGCCCGGUAACUCUCGGCCGGACGUCAUGAAUACGCUUGUCCACGGUAUGGAUCUCAAGAACGCGCUCGAUGCAUCUGCUACACUGCAGGACCCCGAGCUGCCUGUCAUCGUCCGCGAGGAUGUUGAUCGCUGGAUUGGGUACUGGCGCAGCAUCGGAUAUCUGCCCGGAAACUGAGUGGGUCACUUUGUCAACGUCGAACGCAGGUAUAUUAUUAUUUGUCGGCUGUUGCGUCACUAGAUUGUAUGUACGACAUGACGUCA